GAGUGGUUUGAAAAGAGGAGGAGGGAAAACCCAGCAGUUCUUCAGAAGUUCAGUGCAGGUAAUAAGCACUUGUCCUUAAGUCUUCCCACUCAGCCUGGGCUCAAGCCCCACUCCCCUUCAGCUUGGCAGGGAGGGCUCCUUCCGCCAGAAUCUCGGAGGUGAUCUAAUGAUUCCUGUUGUAAAGCCAUCGCACGCCGGUUUCUACACCUGCCAGUGCAGAGUGCUCAUCAACAACCAGCAGUACAAAGUCAGCCGAGCCAUCCUGCUCUGUGUGCAAGGUCCAGACCCAGCUCAAACUACAACUACCACUGUGCCUGACAUCUCCAUGACCUCUGAGCCAGGGUUGAUCAGCAGCAGCAGCAGCAGCAGCACUGUUCACACUCCUACACUUAAGCCACCUGUGAUUGUCUCACCACUGAACGGAACAAUAUUUGAAAGUCCGCAUGGUUCAGGACUGGAACUGUUUUGCAUGGUGCUCACUGGAUGUCAAGCUGCAGAUUCCACUGUGGUCACAUGGUUGGUCAAUGGCCAAUCAGUGGAGUCAUCGUACCUUGAUGGACGGGCUCUGCAGGGGGCAAGGAGGCACACUAGGGUGUCUGAAGGGUGCCAGAUUGAGUUAAGGCUGAUUGUUGUAGCGAUGACAGGAGAAGACAUACGGACGGAGCUGAAAUGUGUUGCUCAGAACGAAGGAGGGAGACGGGAAGUCGUCACACAGCUUAAACUAGAGAACUCCACGUUUACAUGGGUGGUGGUAGCUACAGUGGCGGUGUCCUGCUUCCUGACUGUAGUUUCUGUCUUUCUCUAUGUGCUCUUAAAACCUAAAAGGAAAAAGAAAAUGGAUUACUUCCUGGCUCUGCAAAACAGCACCUUCUAAUUCUUCCGGUGUACACACUCAUUCCACAAGGAAAAGACCCUCUUAAAUGUAUUUGCAGUUGCAUCAAUAGAGCGUUUUCCUGCAGCAUUUGGUGUCAUGCAGUAACAUUAGCAGUGGUUGGUGUUCAACUCUUGCUACAGAGAUUCAAUGUAGAAUUCAGUGUUUUUAAAUCAGUAGCUGCUCAUGCUGUUACCCACUGUCCUCCAUUUCCUUAUCCAUGAAUGAGCAUUACACAAGGAACUUUUGAUUCAUAUUAUUUGUACUAAUGUGGUAAUUACAUUUGGUUUCUUUAUACAGUUUCAGUCAUUGUAAGUUUCCUUUCAUGAGAUACAGAUACUUUCAAGAUACAGAAAUAUCCUACUUAAAUCUAAUAUAGAAUCACCAAACUGAGGCCGCUCACUGACAAAGAAAGUUGUAAUAUCUGGUCAAAUUCAGUAAAGGCUUCAACAAAGGCUACAUCUGCAUAUACUGUACAUAUAUACAAAACUUUCAUGUCAAAUCAUUUCAUUUCUUUGUUUUUGUUUGAGUGUUCCAAAAUUCAAACACUCCAUAAGAGAGUUAUAUAUACAGUAUGUAUAAGUGCAAUAUAUUUUUGUAGUUGAAAAGUGUUAAGACAAUUUGAUACAUAACUGCUCUAUCAAACGUAUUUGACGAUGUUGAUGAUCUGACUGCUCUGGCAAUUCUAAAAUCUAACAAUACAUCAUUAUAUGUGGUUAUUGCAUAUAAGACAUUGUUCGGUAAAGUAAGUAGAGCUAACAAAUAAUAGUUAUUAGGGUAGAAAGUACAAUCUUUUCCUCUGAAACACAGUGGAAUAAAUGUAUAUUGCCUUUAAAAUGGAAAUAUUCAAUAAAGUGCUGGAAUAUGUACUGUACCUAAGA